CAUUUAGUUUGACAAGUGCAAAACGUCAACAUGGAAACAGUCGUCUGCGCGAAAAGCAUUGAUUUGGAUAAGCAGAUACUGUGUUGAAACGGAUAGCUAUUGACGUUUAGCACAUUGAGGGAAACUUAUUUAUGUAUUACAUAAAGAGAUCAAAAGUUGGAAUGCAGAUUUUAUGUUUUGGAUUAAUUGGUAAUCGGAUUUAUAAAGGUAUAGAAAGAAUAACCAGUGAUUGAUUUGAGAUCAAUAAUAAAACAGUUUCAAGGCAUAUUACUUGUAAUGCUAAGGGAAAUACCGAAUGAUCUGGAUUUUUAUCAGUAAUAUUCCUCGUCGGGAUAUUGGAUGUCUCAUAAGUGGUAAGCCUUUUCGUCAUAUUUUAUACUGAAUAAAUGGAGGAUCAAUAAAUGUGUUCGAUGAUAACCCUUGCGAGAGAAAAAUGUUCACCCAAUUGGAAAUCUCUUUGGGCAUAACAUUGAUGCCAUAAGCAAUCAAAAUGAAAAACGUUGUGCUUAUCUAUGUAGAAUAAUAGAAUACUGCCAGUAUAAUUUGCUUAUCUGCCAUGGCAUUGAAUGACGCAGAAAUUAACGAUACAAGUCCGCCCUCUCCUGAGAUGGAUAUAUCGAGACAUCUAGAUACACGUUCACAAUUUAGUCGUGAUCUGUUUAACCCAGACCAAAGCACUUAUACGCGUGUAAAUAAUUCAUCCAAUAGAGAUAGUGGUGAUAAUGACACAGAAGAGGAAUUCCAUUUAAGAUAUAAAGGUACUCGAGAUAUUGAUAAAAUAGAGCGACUUUAUAGACGUCCCAAAUCAGCUGAACCAAUUAGUUAUAAAGAUAAAAUGUAUAGAAAAAUUAAAAAUCUAAAGCACAGUAAUAUGCACAAUGACAGAAUAGAACAACAAUUUUACAAACGGCCUUCAUCAGCGAAACAUGUUCGAAAUGCUGAUUGUUCAAAUAUUAUAACUGCCGACAUUAGGUCUUCGAACAUCGAUGAAUUUGAGAAUUUAAAACAUGCCAAUGAAACAUCGCUUUCAUAUACAGAUACCUCUAAACAUAUUUUUAUUCGACCUAUGGUUACUACAGAAAAUUUCGAAACUAACGAUGACAGCUUAAUAGAUUGUAAAAAUUAUCCAGAAAAUUUCGAAGAAAAUUCUUCACAGCAAUUACAAUCUGACAACCAAUAUGACGGUUCACAUUGUUCAAAUAUUAGUACCGAAAUUAAGUCAUUGAAAACUGAUGAAUUUAAUAAUUCAAAAUAUGCUCAUGAAAAAUGGCUUUCGAACACAGAUACCUCUAAACAACUUUUUGUUCGGUCUGAAGUUAAAACAGAAAAUGUAGAGACAACCGAUGACAGCUUGAUAAAUACUAAAAAUGAUACAGAAAUACUCGAAGAAAAUGAUCUACAAAAAUCAUUAUCUGACAACCGAUAUGACAGUACAUAUUGUUCAAAUAUUAAUACCGAAAUUAGGUCCCCGAAUACUGAUGACUUUGAGAAUAUCAAACAUGAUAAUGAGACAUCGUUUUCGAACACAGAUACCACUCAACAAAUUUAUGUUCGGUCUGUGGUUACAGCAAAACAUUUAGAGAAUAUCAAUGACAGCUUAAUCAAUACUAAAAGUGAUCCAGAAAAACUCGAAGAAUACGAUCUACAAAAAUCACUAUCUGACAACCAAUAUGACAGUACACAUUGUUCAAAUAUAAACAUUACCGAUAUUAAGUCCACGAACACGGAUGACUUUGAGAAUUUAAAACAAGCUAAUGAAACAUCGUUUUCGAACACAGAUAAUCCUCAACAAAUUUAUGUUCGGUCAGUGGAUACAGCAAAAAAGUUAGAUACUGAGGAUGGCCAUUUAGUAAGUAGUGAAAAUCUUCCAGAAAAAAUCGUAGAAAAUUCUCCACAGCAAUUACCAUCUCACAUCCAAUAUGACAGUACACAUUGUUCAAAUAUAAAGAAAACCGACAGUUGGUCCUUGGAAACGGAUUCCUUUGAGAAUUUAAAUCAUGAAGCCUCGAUUUUGACCGCAGAUAUCUCUAAAACAAUUUAUGUUCAAUCUGUGAAUACUUCACAAAAUUUAGAGACUUGCGAUUGCAGCUUAGUAAAUAGUAAAAGUAACACAGAGAUAAUCGAAGAAAAUUCUACGCAGCAUUUACAAUCUGACAACCAAAAUGACAGUACACAGCCUGACCAGACUGAACACCAAACAUCUCAAAAUCAAGUAAAACCAUCCACAUACUGUAAUGAUCAUUUAUGUGAUGGAAACAUGGAUGAAAAUGAUCUUCAAAGUACUGAUAACAAUAUAAAUCUGGAAUAUCAUAAUAUGUCACAAUCUUCAUCACAACAGGAUUUACGAUAUGUUCCUUUCGAUUCCGAACAAGAUGAAAAGAACUUUAGAGAACGAGUUUAUGUUCACAAUGUUGUUUCCCAUGAACAAACACACACAAGUCCCCGAGGAUUAACUAGUAAUGAAAAACCGAAAGACGAAAAAGAGGAGCCAAGCAUAAAAGGCAAAUUUCAUACCAAAUCUACUGGGACAUUUUGGCAACUUUCUGACAAGACUUCGUAUAGCAGCAAUUUGGACAGUCUGGAUAGACAACAUCAAGACAGUGAAUCUGAAAAUCAAAUCGAAACACUCGACAGUGAAUUAAAUGAACAGACCAUGAAUGCCACAAAACCUAAACAAGAACGAAAAGGUAGAAGUCGACUUCGGAAUAUUAUUAUUAGAAAACGGAACUGCGUUAGUCCAUCACCCGCAAAACAUGAUGAACUCUCGAGGCGAAGUCGAAGCUGUCCUGCAUUUUACAAAACGUUUAAUGCUAAUAAUUCUGUUUGUUCUAGUUCUGUCUGUUGUAUCAAUAGUGUUCACCCUAUAGAAGAAAGUAAACACUCACCACACUUUGAUAGUCUUAAUGAGUUGAACAAACAAAAUUCCACUCUUCUGAAUUAUCCUGAUUGUUUGACCUCAGUUUGUUGCAAAGCCAGCAUCCACCCGGUACAAGAGAAUAGAAGAAGUUUACGAAAAUUUGAUAGUCUUGAUAAACUGGAUAGUCAAUCAAGUUUCUGUGAUGAUUCUAAUUGUAAAAGUUUAAUUUGCUGCAAGAACAGUGUUGGUCCAAUUAGAGAGAUCGGAAGUAUACCGCUAUCUGACACUCAUAAUCAUUUGGAAUCAGAUUCCAGUUGUUGGGAUAACUCUAUCUGUACAAGUUCAGUUUGCUGCAAAAACAGUGUUGUGCCAAUUGUCAUGGAAGCAGAGGUCAACGAAGUUGAAAAUAAAUCCGAUGAGUGUUCAUCUCUUGAUGACAAUACCAAAUCAAUUUCUACUUUACCAACUUCAGAAACUGAGGAAGCCAACGGAAAUAAUCUACCCAAUGUUCCUGAUACCACAAACUUUGGGCAAACAGACAAUGAUCAAACGUGUUCCGGAAAUUUUGCAAUGACAGACAAGCAGGACAUCAACAAUUCACACAGUUCAAAAGAAAAGUGUAAAGAAAAAUCUACUUGUACAAUAACUGAUAGUACUGAAAAAGUAGACAAAUCCGACAAUAAUAGAAUUGAUAAUUACGACUAUAAAAGAACAGAACUAAAAGCAAAUGCUGAAAUAGCUCAUUAUCCUAAUGAUUAUACAAUGGAAUCGUCUCAAAAACAAGAAAACUUUGUCGGCAAAAAUCUGUGCAAACAUAAAGCUGUUGGCUCAGAUAAAUCCGAAACAAAUGAUUCCAGCUUCCUCUGUUCCCCAGGCACACAGAAUACCGAAAAUGACCAUGGAAUUAUCCAGUUAGCUAACGAACCCCAACAAAUCUUAUUCAGUUCUGCAUCUAGUGAUAAUAGUAUACGAGACAGAAACAGUAAUUCUCAAAAUUUGAACUGUCGUAAUUCCAUUUUAUCACAAGAGCAAAAUAUUUCUUUGGAUGCAUUAAAUUUUACCAACCAAAAUAAGAUUGCAAAGGAUAAAGAAACAAGGUCAAGAAUAAAAAUUGAAGCUAGCAAAUCUUUAAACCUACAGACGACUGUGGAAAAUCCUGAUAUUGUGGACAGACAUUAUAAACGCUCGUCAAAUACAAUCGACUUUGAAACUAUAUCUGAAGUGGGACGUAGCGAAGAUAUAGAUUCAAAAGAAGUUAUAAAACUGGGGAAAAAAUGUCGGAGUAUUUCAUCAGCCAAUCAAGAGCGACGUCGACUGGGUACCCCUUUGACGCUUAUUCUAUAUGUAAAGAAAAAGUGCCAGUCCAAGAUAAGAAAGAUUAUGACUUCCAAAAACAACGCUGCAGUUUCUAAGAAAUCAGAAUCGCAGACACAGGAAAGUGAUAACAAUUCCCACAUAAACAUCCCUACAGAAGAAACGCGGACCUCGAAGAAAGCUUUUGGUGUCCGGGAAUGUGAUAAAAAUGGAAAUAAUAUCAAAGGCAAUGUUGUGAACAAAAAUUGUGAAACUGAAACAAAGGAAAAUAUUGUAAUAGAUAUCGAAACCCCUCAACAGAACGGCACAAGAAGAAGACAAUUAACUGAAGAAGAGAUGGUCCGUUUGGAAAGUUUUUCAAGGCUUGAUCCAUCGACGCUGCGUGUGAUUGGAUGGUCAUCCGGUGCGGCAGAUUCCAUGACAAAUACUCCAGACUUAGCAGAAACACAAGACGAUGAAAAUAUGUGCAAACUUACAAAGGUGGAAUUUAGGAGACUGCAGGACCAAGUCCGAGAUGUUAGUUUCAACCUGCGAAAUCGAUUUCGGACGUCUGCAUAUCAGCAAGAACAGCGGUACAAGGAAAUACAAGUUAAUCUUGUGCCUGGAAAGAAAUUAUACCAACAACCUAAUCCAACGCCAUUGGAAAAUGCAACACAAUUAUACAGAAGUCAGCUAGCUGCUAGUUUACGUGCUUUCAAACCGAAAGAGUGGCCACCUUUGAAUUCACAGGAGUUAGAAACGUCGUACCUUAGGUGCAAACCAAUUAACUGCCAAAACGACAGAUUGAUUAAACUAUUAGACUCUUUGCCGUUAUUAGUACAUUUUCAUUCUUCUCCGCCGACCAGAUGUUCUGCAAGAUCAAGACCAAAAUCUGUUCCGCCAUCUGCGUUUAGAAAUAGAUCACAGCCUAAACGAUCGGAUACCCCUACUGAUGUCAGACCUGGGAAUUUUGAUUCCUUAAACCCACGAGUUUUAUCGCAUUUACUUAAUGAUACGUUGACUACGUCUUCUUAUGGAGAAAUUGCAGCAAGUAUAAAUCAGAAUGGUGAUGAAAUUUCAUCGAAAACUAAGGACACUAAAGAUGACGACGUAAGUACAAGUGGGAUUGAAAGCAACCCGACAGACGACACGAGCAGCAGUGAUGACGAAGACGAUAGUGAUUUUGAACCGGAAGUAGAUGAAAAUCGAUUAGCACCGGAACUGUAUCUUAGACCGGAGAAACUGGAUUCAUUAUUAUUGCCAGAUUCUGCAAAGGGCUGGAGAAAAUUCGAUUUUGAUGCAGACAAUGUAAAUAUUCCAUUUUAUGGAUUUUCCAAUCCGUUACCCGAUUCGUUUCGUGACUUAGACUUGCGACAGAUAGCUCGUUUAAAAUGGAAUUGGCGAGAUCAAACUCGACAUAGGUCACGCGAGAAAGGAGUUGAUGACAUUCUUGACAGAAUGGUGGAGCUAGAACGUCUUCAGAUGGAAACUGAAGACUGGGAACAAAAACGGUCUGCACAAAUCAAUAAAAGAUAUUCCAAGAGGGCAAUGAGUGCAAAAGUUCCUCGUGAUAAACGAUGUUGCGGUAAAUGUUUACAACCUGCAUGUACUGGUGAUUGUCCAGAAAAGUUCGUGCAAUCUGAAAUAUGUGAGCUUUGUCGGCAGCCUUUUUGUGUGAAAACUUGUGCGGACACAAAAUAUGAACAACGCAUGCGACAAUCCCGAAUGGACGAAAAACUUCCUGUGCCUAAGACCCCAACUCCAAAAUAUUGUAAAAGUUGUCAGACAAAACACAACGCUAAAAUGGUAAAUGCAAAUAACAUUGUUUUAGGCAGACCUAAAUCAUGUAAUAGUACGUAUAGUCGUGGUCAAGCUAGUAACAAACCAAAAGACUAUCGACCUCGUUCUGACACCCCGGUAUCUAUAGACAUGUUUCAGGAAUUCGAUAAACUUGGAAUUGAUGCGCAACAACCAGUUCGCCCAACAACAGCGAAAGUGCAACGACCGAGGAGCAGAAACUCUUCGUUUCCUAGCAAAUCUUUUUACUCUCAAAGAAGAGACUCGUUGACUGAAGCUGACAAACAUAGAUUCAAAAAGAAAUCGCAGAAAAAUAGUAAAGUGUUGGUUCGACGACCAAAAACAGCAGUGUAGUUACUGAUAUAGUUGAAAAUAAUAUGUGUUUAAACUGUUA